AUGUCUAUAUGUAUAUAUGUGUGUGUGUGUGUGUGUGUUUGCAGUUUGUUGAUCCAACUGGUGGAAAAGUAUGGAAUCAGAAAGUGGUCUCACAUUGCUCAGAUGUUGCCUGGAAGGAUUGGCAAGCAGUGCAGGGAGCGCUGGCAUAAUCAUCUCCGGCCCGAUAUCAAGAAGGAUAUCUGGAGUGAAGCUGAGGAUAGAGUGCUAAUAGAUGCUCAUUCAGACAUCGGAAACAAAUGGGCGGAAAUCGCGAAAAGGCUGCCGGGAAGAACAGAAAACUCAAUUAAGAACCACUGGAAUGCCACCAAAAGGAGGCAGUACUCGAAGAGGAAAUGCCGAUCCAAGUACCCAAAGGGCACCAUUUUACAGGAUUACAUCAAGAGCUUAAACUUGAACUCACCAAAAUAUGAGCAGAAAAGUACUAAUUCUACCACCCCCUCUGGUGAUGCUAAAUAUUCUGCAAUGAAAACUACUACUACUCAGCCUGAUCAAGCUUUGGAUUUCGGCUCUGACGAUCGAUUAGUUCCAAGUUAUGAAUUCAAUGAGGUUCUUGAUUUUGAUUUCGACGAGAACAUGUUCAGAGAGAACUGUAGCAUUGAUUCUCUUCUUGAUGAUAUGCCUACUUGUGCUCCUGUUACUGAUAAUGUUGAUGACAAGAUCAGUUUUGGGUUGGAAGUGCCAUCAGAGAUGGCUAAUCCAUUGGUGGAUUAUGAAGUGAAGAAGGAGCUGGAUUUGGUGGAGAUGAUGCAAGCUGUGAGGCCUUGAAAACAUCAUAAUUAAGUCCAGCAUAUAUAUAUAUACACAUACAUAUAUAUAAGUGCUACCCCAAGAGAGGAGGGAUGAUCAAGAGAGGAGGCUUAGUUUGGGGCAAAAGCUAUUUCUUUACUAGGGUUUCAAUGGUGGUGUCGAACAAAAGAGAAGUGUUGGGGGCCUGUAAGAGGCAAAAUAAUGGUACUAGUAAGACUGUAAGAGUAGUUAAUAAAAUAAAAUAUGUUCUGUUUGUUGGAAAGUCUUACUGUAUACUGUCAUAACUAAUUAAUGUACUUCG